GCCGCUAAUAUUUCUGAUGGCUCCAUGUCUUCUAGAGCCACAGUGGUGCAGGUGGCCCUGGGGGCUUUACAGUUGCAGAACCCUCCCAGGUACCAGGGCCUAGCAAAAACGAUCAUCACACAUGAGAACUACACUCAGUUUACAAAGGGCUUUGACAUCGGCCUGGUGGAGCUGAAGGAAAAAGUGUCUUUCAGUCAGUGGAUAAGUCCUGUGAAUCUGCCCUCACGCUUUGAAAACAUCAGUCCAGGCUUGCAAUGCUGGGCUACAGGCUGGGGGAAUAUUCGAGAAAACGUGGGUCUGGAAUAUCCUUACACUCUACAGGAAGUCAGACUCCUCAUUGUAGACAACCAGCAAUGUAAAAAGAGGUACAAUGACAUCAUUAGACCAGACAUGCUGUGCACUGAGGUCCCUGGGGGAGGGAAGAGUCCCUGCCAGGGCGACUCUGGAGGUGCUCUGGUCUUCAAGAAGGGGAAUGUUUGGGUCCAGGCUGGGAUUGUGAGCUUUGCACUUGGUUGUGCUCGACCAGAAUUUCCCAAUGUCUACACCCGGGUCUCCAGCUUCCGAGACUGGAUACAGACCAAGUCUGGAGUCUGAGGCUGACCUCAGAAACCCAGCAGCUCCCUCUGCAGACUCAGAGAUGGUCCCACAGCUUCUAGAGCUCAUAGGUGCUUCAGCCACAGCUCACCAGCUCCUCUGUCUCACUGUCCUAUAGUGCUUGUUUCAUCCCCUCUUGCUUCUCUUGGUUUUACUCUGCCAAGAGAUCAAGACUGAUUUGUGAGAGAUCAGUUAUCCUGCAACUCUGUCAACAGCUCAAUAAAACUGCAAGCAUUCAAAAUCC